UCUAUGGUCUGUAUCAAUUAAGUAUCAAUAUGCUAUCAAUUCUAACCAACUAGGCAUGAAAUAAACAGUUACAUAUUUUUUGAAAAUUUCGUAAAAAAGAAUCAUACGAAAUGUACAAUACCGUUUUUUUAACAUUAUUAACCUUUAACGUUGUCUAUUCGAGUAAUUUAGAAUAUGAUGGAUGGGCAACAUUAACCCUUCAACAUGCUUUAGAAGAUGUUGCGAAUCCUGUUUAUACAGAUAGGGGAAAUAUAUCCAUUCUAAGCCUUAGAACUGGCUCUCAUAAUAUUAAUCAGGAACCAUUAAGCCCUUCAGACAUAACAAAAAUUAAGGAACUAUCAGCAAGUAAUAAAUUCUAUCAAUUAAAGUCCACUGUACUGGCAGCUGAUGGAACAGUUACAAUCUUUUAUUCCUCUGUGAAAGCAUGCAUGUUAGCUGAGUCAGAGCUCAAUGACAUUUUGUCAGUCUCUUUGGAUUAUGUAGGACGAAUUAUUGCUGUUACUUUAGCAGUAGCUUCUACUACAACAUGUGAAGGGGCAGUUGUUCCGAGCAGCAAUUUAAAAGAAUUUAGAACAACUGUUUUUGUGAGAUACACUGAUAUUGGCCCAAGCCCUGAUACUGCUUCUUAUAUUCAAAAAUUAGAAAGAGAAAGAGAAGCAAAGGAAAAAGGUGAACUUAAGGACAACAGGUCAUUUUUGGCAAAAUAUUGGAUGUACAUCCUUCCUGUAGUUAUUAUAAUGGUUUUAUCGUCUGCCACAAAUCCAGAUGCUGCAGCUGGAGGAGGUGGGAAUGGUGGAGGUCGUUAAAUGUUUAUAAAAAACAACUUGCAGAAUUAUCAAUAGAUCCAUCACUAUUAAGGAUCCCACAAUGUCCAUGCAGUGUGUAAGCACAAAGGCAAACAUCACAAGCUAUUGUUAAAUUAGGAAACCAAGAUUUAAUCUUUGGUAUUGCUUUUAUAACUGGAUUAUCUUUGCUAUUUGCAUUAGUAGCUACUUCAUCCUUUAAUAAAAUAUACAUACAAGUUAAACAAGC